GUCAUGCACUGGUGGAUGGUGCUUCAUUUGCCCUGUACUUUUUAUGAUGAGAUUUUUUUGUACAUAAUCAAAAUACUCUUUAAAUUGACUUAAACAAAGUUGCUUUUUAAGCAGAGAUUGAGGGUAAAUGUACAUGAUAAGAGGAAGAUAAAGCAUUCAUCUUCAAGAGAAAUCAUUUAAUGAUUGUAAACUUCUGUUCUUUACUGUAUUCACCCCUGAAAACGGUGUUGCUAUGAUGAUGUCAUUCAGAACGGCUCCUCCUCUUCCUCUGAUCUUUCUGCUUGUGAUUCAUAAUGUUUUCAGUAAAAAUGGUUUGGGAGUGAAUUACAGAGAUUCACACAUCUGUGCACUAAAGAACUCAUCAGUGAUAAUGAGCUGCACUUAUACAUACCCUACUCGAUAUAAGAUCAAGAAAGUGUUCUGGACCAAAAACCCUGUACAUGGUGAAGAGCCUCCAGAUCUGUCUGAUGACCCUGAAUACACUCAGAGGCUUCAGUAUCUGGGAGAUGAACAGAAUAGCUGCACGAUCAGACUGAGUCAUGUGACACAGAAGGAUGAACACAUGUACUGUUUCAGAUUCAUCACUGAUAAACGUGGUGAGAAAUGGCUUGGUGUUCCAGGAGUGUCUCUUACUGUCACAGAUCUUCAGGUGGAGUCUCCUGAGACAGUGACAGAGGGUCAUAAUGUCCGUCUGACAUGUAAAAGCAGCUGUACUCUGACUAACGAAGCAACAUUCAUCUGGUACAGAAACUCACAGCCAUUAACUGAGAGAAGAGACAGAAACAAUCAACUCCUGCUGCAGUCAGUCAGAAGAGAGGAUGCAGGCAGAUACAGCUGUGGUGUACAGGGACACACUUACAUCUCUCCUGCUGUUCAGCUCGAUGUCACCUAUCCUCCAAAUGAACCUUUUGUAGAAGUGAGUUCACCUGGUGAAAUAGUGGAGGGAGAUUCAGUGACUCUGAGCUGCAGCAGUGAUUCAAACCCACCUGCAGAAAUCAGCUGGUUUAAAGAAGGAAUGUUUGUAGGAUCUGGAAGAAUCUACAGCAUCUCAAACAUAAGCUCUAUUUACAGCGGAGAAUACAAGUGCAAGUCCAGCAAUAAACACGGAGAGAAAGACUCUGAUGCUGUGACUUUAAACGUCAUGUACCCACCAAAGAAUGUCAGAGUAUCCAUCAGUCCAUCUGGUGAAAUAGUGGAGGGAGAUUCAGUGACUCUGAUCUGCAGCAGUGAUUCAAACCCACCUGCAGAAAUCAACUGGUGUAAACAAGGAAUGAUUGUAGGAUCUGGAAGAAACUACAGCAUCUCAAACAUCAGCUCUAAUCACAGCGGAGAAUACAAGUGCAAGUCCAGAAAUAAACAUGGAGAGAAAUACUCUGAUGCUGUGACUUUAAACAUAAUGUAUGCACCCAGGAAUGUUUCAGUGUUCAUAAAUGGAUCAGGUGAAAUAGUGGAGGGAGAUUCAGUGACUCUGAUCUGCAGCAGUGAUUCAAACCCUCCUGCAGAAAUCAUCUGGUUUCAGGAGAAUCAAAGCUCCUCUGUUGGAUCUGGACAGAGUUUCAGUGCACUACAGAGUGGACGCUUCUACUGUGAAGCUCACAAUCAACAUGGAUCUCAGAGAUCAGAUGCUGUUACUGUCACUGUACAUGGAAGGAAGUUUCUAUAUGCAGUUGGUGGAGUCACUGGAGGAUUGGGAGUUUUAAUCUUCAUUUUCAUCAUUGUGUUGCUCAUGAGGAAAAAACAGAGACCUACUCACACCACACAAAAGCAGGAUUAUCUUUAUGCUAAUGUAUCAGCUCACAAUGGGUCUCUAUCUGAAUCUGAUGCCACAAAUCAAAACGAUGCCUUGUAUUCCUUAAUUACUCUCAGCAAUUUCAGUCACAAUCAGACAGAAGAAAAAGCGUCUGAUUCUGAAGAUACAGAAGAGGUCCAGUAUGUAACUGUCCUGUAUCAUAGAAACAAUGAGAUGAACCAACCGGAAGAGAAUGAAAGCCAGUACGACAACAUUAGAAAAUACCAGACUGAUGCUGCAAGGAGAUCUACUGAUCAGAUGGUGGAGGAUCAGUCAGUGAUUUACAGCGCAGUCAAAUGAUCAACAGAUCAGUUUGGUGAAACUGCUGUUACUGGGAAAACUGAUCUGCAUGUUGACAUCGCCCUCGUGUGGGGGACUGUGGCACUGCUUGUCUGAUGCUGAAAUGUAAUUUUAUUCUUAGCUAUGAGCUGGAUUAGUCCUUGUUUUUGCAAAGAGCAUUUAUUUUCUCACUGGUCUUCUGAUCAGGACAUUGCUGAGAUCCUGAAUUCUUUGUCCGGUUUGUAUGAAAUCUAGAUACGCAGAAAAUGUUGGUAAAAGCAGAUUAACUUUUGGCAGAAGUGUAAAGUCCAGGGGUUAGAAAGUAAAAGUCCUGCCAUAUUUAUUUCACUCUUGAACACAGAGCGGGACUUUUACUUUCUGACCCCUGGACUUUACACUUCUGAUUUUUGGAAAUAUAAUGACUGUUAUUUUUAUUUAUAUUAUUGUUGGCAAACCCUCAAAAAGAAUAAACUCCUCAUUCAGUUUGUAUGAAAUUGGGCAUGCUUUGUCUAGAGACACUUCUGUCAACAAGUCAAGUCAAGUCUGCUUUUUUGUCAAUUGUUCCACAUGUACAGCACAUACAUACAGAUAAUUGAAAUUGUGAAAGGAGUGGAGCAAGAUCAGGAGGGAGUUCAGCUUCCUGACAGCCUGAUGAAUGAAGCUGUCCUUCAGUCUGCUGGUCCUGCCUGGAGACUCUGCUGUCUCCUCCCUGAUGGCAGCAGACUGAAGAAGCUGUGUGAUGGGUGUAUGGGAUCACCUGUGAUGCAGAGGGCUUUGCAAGUGAGACAGGUUCUGUAAAUUUCUUGUGUGUGUGUGGGGGGGGGGGUCACCAAUGAUCUUAUCAUCUUCUCUCACUAUGUGCUGAAGUGUCUUCUGGCAGGAAGUGUUGCAGGACCCAUACCACACAGUGAUGCAGCUCGACAGGAUGCUCUCCAUGGUGCCUCUGUAGAAGGUGUACAUGAUGGGGGGGCAGGGCUCUGGCUCUUCUCAGUACGCGGAGGAAGAAGAGACGCUGUUGUGAUUUCUUUGUCAGUGCAGCUGUGUUUUCAGUCCAGGAGAGGUCCUCUGUGAUGUGCACACCCAGGAACUUAGUGCUGCUCACUCUCUCCACAGUCGCACCGUUGAUGCUCAGAGGAACAUGCUGAGUGUGCACUCUCCUGAAGUCAACAAAAAUCUAUUUCAUCUUCUCCAUGUUCAGAGAAAGAUAGUUGUCACUGCACCAUCUGGCCUGGCGGCUCACCUCGUUCCUGUAGUUUGUCUCAAUCUCUGUUGCUAAUGAGACCCACCACAGUCGUGUCAUCCACAAACUUAAUAAAGAGGUUGGAAUUGUGUGACGGUGUGCAGUCCUGGAUCAGCAGAGUGAAGAGGAGGGGACUCAGCACACAUCCUAGGGGAGCCCCAGUGUUCAGUGUGAUGGUGUUGGAUGUGUUGCUGCCAGAGGUGGACACUCCAGGGGUCAGAAAAUAAAAGUCCUGCUAUAUGUUUUUUUUCCACC